AUGAAAUUGAUUUAUUUAAUUAUAUUAUCUAUAACAUGGAUUGAAGCUAAACCGGCUGGUUAUCCUAGAGGAGGACCACCAGCACCUCCACCAAAGCCUAGACCACCGCCGCCAAGGCCUCCACCACCUAGACCGCCCCCAAGACCUGCUCCCAAGCCACCUGCACCUCCACAACCAACUUAUUUGCCACCAAAUAAUGGUGGCGGUGGAGGUGGUCCUCCCCCAGGCAAUACUUAUUUACCGCCUGGUGGUGGUGGCGGAGGUGGUGGCGGAAAUGGAGGAGGGGGAGGAGGCGGCGGUCCCGUUAUACCUAUUAUAAAAAUGGAAUCGAAAAUUAAUACAGAUGGAUCAUAUAUGUACGAAUAUGAAACUGGCAAUGGCAUCAAUGUGGAUGAGAAUGGCUAUUUAAAGAAUGCCGGUGGCGGCGAUGAUGAAGCUCAAGUAGCAGAGGGCUCAUUUUCUUUCACCAGUCCCGAAGGCGAAACCUUUGUGGUCACUUAUAUAGCCGAUGAAAAUGGUUUCCAACCGUCAGGCGAUCAUUUACCCACGCCCCCACCUAUACCAAUAGAAAUACAAGAAGCUUUAGAUAAAAUAGCAGCUGGUGGUGGUCAUCCGGAUGAUGGUGGUGGCGGCGGAGGAGGCGGUGGAGGUGGCGGCAAUGGUGGUUAUGUUUAUUAA